AUGCAUAAUGGGAUUUUCCCCAUUGUUUAUCACCUGCGAACGCAGUCCUCUGGCCAGGGAGCCCGGGCACUUGCCCGGGGUGGCCGGGCGCUAGCUCCGCCACUGCCCGACACCGAUUCCCUCUUCGUCAACGUCGGGGACUCCCUCCAGGUGCUGACGAACGGGCGGUUCCGGAGCGUGAAGCACCGGGUGGUGGCGCCGGCGGAGGGGCAGCAGUCGCGGCUGUCGGUGAUCUACUUCGGCGGACCGGCGCCGACACAGCGGAUCGCGCCGCUGCCGGAGCUGAUGCGGGAAGGGGAGCAGAGCCUGUACAGGGAGUUCACCUGGGCCGAGUACAAGAAGGCCGCCUACAAGUCCCGCCUUGGUGACCACCGCCUCGGCCCCUUCGAGCUACCUGCCGCAGCCGCCUCCGAAGAAUCCACUACCAAGGCCAACCACCGCUGCAGCAGCAACGCCGCCGUCCAGGCGCCGGCGCCGGCGCCUCACGUGGCACGAGUGCACUAG